CUUGUUGUUUUUGUACGAAUUUCAACUGAAACAACGACAAGAAUUUAGAAACGGAUAGAGUACUCUAUAUAGCCACACCACAUGAGGAAAAAAGUUGGAUAAUUGUCUCCUGCUUAGAAUAAAACUUGCAAGUGUUCUCAUCUGUCAGUUGUCUUUUUCACCGUGUUAUCUCUUGGUGCAAUGGCAUUUGUGACAUAUUCAAAUUCAAACAUUGAAUUUGAGCCCACCUAAUGUGGUUAAGUUCAUUCCUUCAAAGAUCGUAAGUUUACUCCUUUUUUUUCGCCUUGUUUUUACCCCUGACUUUCCCCUCCCUUCUUUCACGCGAGAACGACUCUGCAAAUCGCCCCAAAUCCGGCAUGGAGCUUCCACCCUCCCUCCUCAAAUCCGGCCAAGGGGAGCUCUCUCGCCAGCAAUGGAAGCCACGCCCGCGAGGGAUCCCCGCCUGGCUGGAAAGCGACGGCCCCCGCGGAGCUCGAUCUGGGCUCCGCGGGAGGUUGACUGGCCUGCCGCGGACCUCGAUCUGGUCGCACAGGAGCUCGCCACGCGAUUGGCUUUGGCGACCGUCUGAGCCAUGCUCAUUAGGCGUCAUCGGCGGCGGCUAGGGCACCGCGUGGGUGCGGCGGAGCCACUGCUUUGCUACAUCGCCGUCAUCACGCGGUUCCGGGAUUGGUAUUGACUGUUGACCCGGAGCCCCGGUGGACACCCGGGUCCUGCACUUGUCGAUCGACGUCAUCGGCGGCCGGCGCCAGCAAAGAGGUCGAUACGCUGAGGAGCUACUCUGCCCCUCCUCGAGCGGAGAGCCAUCGCUUCGCUGCAUCACGCGCAGUCGUCGACGACUCGUCGUCACGCGGUUCGUCCCGGAAAAGUAAGUGCUGAUUCCGGUGGCCGGUGGGUACCCCUGCAAUGGCACUGCAUUCACUUUUUCUCAACAAAGUCAUCGAGCUUGCGCUGUCCAUCCACAAAGUAGUAGUAAUAGUAGAGUAGCAUGGCGGGGCGGCUUGCUGCCGUGCCGGAGUCGAGCACGGCCUUGAGCUGCUGCUUCGCGCCCUCCUGCCCGCGGCCGCCCGAGCCCACCAACCUCUACCGCGACUUGAUCCGGUCCCGAUGGCACAUCAGACCGUCCAUCUUCUCCCUGCCCGGCCAAAGUGGAUCCAGCUACUGCAGCAGCAGCGGAUCGGGUGCUACUUCGAAUUGUUCUUCUUACCCGUCAAACAACUCUGGCGUCUCCUCCAGUUCGCUGUCCGCCGCAGCAGCGGCAGGCUUCGGCGUCCAAGAGCUGACGAAGGUCGCUCGCCAAAUGGCCAGCGACGGUUACACCAAGCGCAUGGUCCUAGAAUUCGAAUACGGCGAUGACCCGGACCGUGUCCUCAAGGAUUGGUUCUGCGACCUCGAGGUCGACUGGGUUCUCCAAACCCGCAACGAGCAUGGCUUGCAGUUACAGCGGCAGCGCCAGCUCGAUGGCAGCAAGUCGGCGUCACGGCUCCAAGGCUUGGCCCAGAGGUGGGUCCCAGCUCUUACUGUAAUAUUUGUCAGUGUCACAGAGUUGGUCAUCGGCGUCCAAAAGACGCUGCCGACUGCACGGUUUGCCAAAGCGAGUAUCUCGGCGAUGCUCGUGUUCGUCGACACUGUCGUCUCUGUUAUGGAUACGGAGAAGCUAGGGCCCGUGCUAGACAUGUUUGUGUGCGUUUGCAGCGCAUCACACUUGUUUACGCCUGUCGUGAGCUCUCCGGAAGCUCAGAGCAUUUUUUAUGAGAUAGGCGCGUCACUGGAGGGAGCACGGAACAGGUUAAACGAGGCCAUAUUCAGUACGGCUGAGGAGGUGAGGACGCUCAUGGAGAACGAUGACUCGUGGGCUAUCGGGAUUCAGCGAGGCGGAGGCGAGCUUCACAGGAACACCCGGCUGAUGGUGAAUUGCAUCAUGGCCAUGGUUGAAGUACAGGCUUUGUCACGGAAGUACGCAGGGAGCUACGACAACGGAAGAAAUAUUGGUCACCUGAUAGAUGAUUCCGUCCGUUAUCUGAAGGAUCUGCUCUUGAGAAAAUCGGAGCUAUGCUCGGAGCCAAGCCUGAGGUUACCGCAGCUAUCUGAAGGAGCGCCCGGAGCUAGAAAAACACGUUAGCGGCGGAAGCAGCAGUCCCGAAGCUUUGGAGGAGAAGUUGGGACAGCUUUUUGAAGGAUGAAUCAUGAAUAAACUGCUCCAGGCGUAGAAAUUAAAGAGUCACCAACCAGACAUGUACAAUAAGCUGGAUUCAUUGUUUGUACAUUUGGAUUUUCCUUUUGACGUGAAGUUGUGUUUUGAGUUUGGUUUCUGCCUGUGUGUUUUGAUUCGAUUUCGUGAUUCCAUGUCAAAAACUUCAUCAUUCUGCUUCUGCGUCAGUUUCAUACAUAAAUAAUUGUCACGUUUAUACAA